GGCAUCCUGCCCUACUGCUUGGAAACUCUUCCCUCUACCAAUGGCGCUUUGCUGCAACAACUCCCCAUUUGACUGCCUUCUUCUCGAUCUCGAUGACACUCUCUACCCGUUAAGCCUCGGCAUUUCUCAGGCCUGCAAGAAAAACAUUGAUGAAUUUCUUGCCAUGAAGUGCGGAUUGCCUAUAGAACAAGCGUCAUCCCUUCGCGUCGAGCUAUUUAAAAAAUAUGGCAGUUCCCUCGCCGGCCUUAUGGCUCUUGGUUAUCAGGUGCACCCAGACGAGUACCACAGCUUCGUGCACGGCUUGUUACCGUAUGAGAAGAUCCGACCGGACUCCCAGCUCCGAGAACUCCUACUCAGCAUUCCGCAGACCAAAAUUAUAUUUACGAAUUCGGAUAGGAAACACGCGAGCAGAGUUCUGGAGAGGCUUGGCAUCGAGGAGGAAUUGUUCCAAAAAAUUAUCUGCUUCGAGACGCUCAAUCCAGAGCUCUUUGAUAACAAACCGACGUCGGCCGCUGUCCGGCAGCCGCCUACGGUGGUCCUCAAGCCCUUUAUCGCCGCUGUCGAAGCAGCCAUUGACAUUGCCGGCUUCGAGCCUCACCGGACGCUAUUUUUGGACGACAGUGAGAAGAACAUAGCUGCAGGAAAAGCAGUAGGCCUUCGCACAGCCCUCGUGGGGCGAAGCACUAAGACAAAGGAAGCUGACUACGCCAUGGAAAGCAUAAGCAGUCUGAGGCAAACAAUACCUGAGAUUUGGGAAGGAGAGCAGGCACAGAAGGGCGUUAGUGGAGAGCUUACACUGCUCAAAGUGAGAAACGAAUUGGAUGCCAUUAGGCCAACCACAGCGCCCAUCCAAGCUUAAUCAGAUCACGACAACUAAUACAAGCUGUCGAGAGAUUUGUUAAUAGCAUCUUUAUCCUGUAAUCCUUAUCAGACUCUACGUGGUUGCUCUGCUUUUACGUUUUU